AUGCAGGUCACCAAAGCAGCGCAAGCCGUUCGCAAGCUGUCGCAGCAACCCGUGACCACCUCCGUACCCGAGGAGUCAAGAUCCAAACCGCAUGACACCCCGCCUUCGUACACGACUUCGCCCGAAAGCCCCGCCGGUUUGGCCUUCCGCAAGGCACGCUCGGCACUCGCGGGCGUGACCUCGACGGUGACGCCCAAGUCGCCUCGAGGCGCGAUUCGAACCUCUCCGCGACCGAAUGAUGAAGCAAGACAGAACAGCUUUCGUGGGGCGAAGGCCAAUUCGGCUUCGUUCCGAUUAGCGAUCGCGGGAAAUGGUAUUCCUCCUUCCCCACCCAUGCCCGAGCCUGUCGUUAACGUGCUCUCGAUUCAGGGCCUCAAGGACUAUGCGCCGGGUCCAGGCCUAGACAACACUGGUAACACUGCACGGGCUCAGACCCCGGAUGAAGACGUACCCGUGAUCCGCGAAUCGCGGUACAAGGACGGCUAUCUGCCCCGCACAUCACUUGGACCCUCGUUCACGGUCCCCGCACUCGAUGGACUUGGAUUGAUCGGCUUCGGAGAGGAGGACAUUGUCAUGUCGGACACCACCGCGCAGGCGCACACAGCACGCAUGGCAAGAUCGUCCUCCGCCGGCACCCCAACUCAGCAAGGUGACAACCUCAGCAAUAAGUCCGCCAGUUCCGGGUUAAAGAACGUAGCUGGACUCACCCUACCGCGUGCAAAACUCAAUCGGACCAGCUCAUCGUCAGUGCAUACGCUCGAGAUCAAGCUAGCAUCCGCAAGCUUUAGGCUAUCCGCAGCCGAUGCGGCAGCACUAGCCGCGUCACAACCGCUCGCCGAGUCUGCUCCUCCUCGCAGAACGUCAGUACCGAAUUUGCAGUCCAAGGUCGCAGAAUAUCGACGCAGGGAAACCAAUCAGCUCAACCCGACUUCGCGAGUGGGGGCCAUGGGACCGGCGCUCGCUGCUGAGAGGCGGAGAACGGUUGCUGGCGACCCACGAUCAUCGAGUUCGAGUAUGAAUCGAGCUGCCCUGCGCGAGUCUCUGUACAAGCCUCUACCGAGCAAGCCCACGAUGCAAGCACCUUCCUUGCGCGGCGCUCCGUCGGGCUAUUGUAUUCGACCGAGCGUGCCCACUGCGACCCAGACUCCCUCUUGGUGGCCAUCAUCAACGUAUGCCCCCUUGGCCUCGAGCUCGGCCAAGUCCGUUAACACGGACAAUACGGUUCCCUUCACAUCUUCGAUGCCCAGGAGUGCAGUGCACAAGUGGAGCAACACCCCUCCACAAGCUUAUUCGUCUUUCCCCAUCAGCGAUCUCGCAUUGCUCGCCACACCUGCCAACCUCGAGGCAUUCCCUUCGCCAAGCCUCUAUUCAGUCGCUGACACCGCUGCGUCACCGCCCUUACCGCGACUUCCCGUCGAAGCGUGGAACUCGUUGACGCUGCACGAGCCCGAACCCCAACCUGUCCAGAUAUUCUCAUCGGGCCCCCGCAACAUGUCUCGCCGGACGUCGACAAGCUCAAACUCGCCGACUCUUCACUCGCCACCGCUCAUGUCUUCUGCCCGGCUCGCGUCGCCUGCGACAGUCGCCCCGAAUGUGAAGGCCGAGUUUGUACCGGCCCCAUCAUCCGGCGCGGAACCUCGUCCCACCCCAAAUCAAGCCGAGCACACCAGCUCUGCUGAGAAGGACAACGAGGCGCCGAUUCCCGCAGCCGUGCCGCGUCCCGAAGCCCGACAUUCGUUGCGCUCGACUCGAUCCACCUCAAUGUAUGCGUCUCAGGAUACACGAUCGUCCAUGGCUAGCAACGGGAAGCGUGGGUCUUUGCCUUCCGAGUCUCUAUCCUGGAGCGAACCACGACCCUACGUUCGAGCGCGGCCCGUGAGCGUCUUCAAUCCGCUGUACCAACCCUCGGUGCCUUUCCAACCGCAGAAGAAACUGGCGCCCAUCGACCACGACAUGUUGGUCUCGGGUGAUCGUCUGCGUGAGAGACGAUUGAGCUCCGUCUCCAGGCGGAGCUCCGCGUCGUUGGGCACACCAGAACGUCGGCUUUCAGGUAUGGAUGGCUCGGACGAGUAUUCGACGGCCCACAACUCGCCGCCACUCGGUGACUCGGGUGGAUCGCUUAUGAGGUUCAAUGCCUCGUUCGCUGCGGCUCCGGCUGCGCAGCCGACCGAGAGUGGCCCAGAGGACAACAUCGGUCCCAAGACCUUGGCGCCGCCAUCGGCCACGGUGACUUCGCAGUCUAUCUUCAGCUCGCCCAUCAUCAUCCCUGCCACCCCAAUUCCCGCAUCCACAAGUAGCAUCCCCUCGGUCCCCCACGAUAACGAUGAUGCCGACGACGGCGAGGCUCUGUUGGUAGCCCCCAUCGCUCGUCGUGCGUCGAGCCUCUCGGUCGACAUUACUGCGACCCGUCGUUACUCAUCUUCGACGACGCCUCCACCUCGCCCAAUCCCAUCGCCGCUUAGGAGAUCGAGUUUGUCCGCGUCACCCGAUACCCCAACAGUGCGCAGGAAGAGCUUCGGUCCCCCCGUCAACCCGCCUUCGCCGAUGAGGAGGAGUCCUUCACCUGCCGUAGCGGUUGACGCUUGA